AGUAUGUUCAACAUUGAUAUCGCCAGAUAUUGAGCAACAAGUUGUUUUUCCACUAUUAAUUAAUUUUUUGUUUUAUAAUAAUAAGUGAAUUAUUUUUUACGUAGUAUAAUUUUACGUUAUGUUUUACAUUAAAAAUUAGAUUUAAAUAAAAUUGUUGUUGAAUAUGAAUUUUUCAAGUCGAAUUUCUCAAUCUCCUGAAUAUACAAGUUUUAGAAGUAAUAUACCACUUAAGAAAAUAUUACUUGAUGACACAUCCAAUAAAGGUUGGCGUGUGUACGACUCAGGCCCACGUUCUGUUGAAACACCAUUAAUUUUCUUACAUCCUGUCAGUGGUACAGCAGAAAUUUAUUUUAAGCAAUUAUUAACUCUUAGUGCAAAAGGGUAUAGAGUUAUAUCUGCAGAAAAUCCACCAUACUGGAGUGUUACAGAAUGGUGUGAAGGUUUCAUGCAAUUGUUGGAUUAUAUGGAUAUAAAAAAUGUUCAUUUAUUUGGAGCAUCAUUAGGUGGAUUUUUAGCUCAAAAAUUUGUAGAGUUUUCAACAAUUGUACAUCAACCGAAAGUUGUAUCAUUAUUUCUUUGCAACACAUUUACAGACACAUCCAUAUUUAGAUACAAGGAAGCUGCUGUUUUAUUUUGGAUUUUUCCUUCGGUUAUUUUAAAAAAGAUGGUGUUAUCCAAUUUUUCUACCAAAGAAGCCUACCAUGAUCGUCAAAUAGCAGACUCUUUAGAUUUUAUGGUUGAAGUUAUAGAAUCACUAUCACAAUCAGAUCUCGCAUCACGAUUAACUAUUAAUUGUUUGAAUAGUCGUGUAAACACAUAUUUAAUGAGAGGGUUAAAAGCUGUUACAAUUAUGGAUGUAUUUGAUAAUUAUGCCUUAGGUUCACCAGUUAGAGAAAAUAUCUAUAAAGAGUAUCCACAAGCCAAACUAGCACAACUUAAGACUGGGGGUAACUUUCCAUAUCUUAGUCGUAGCGAUGAAGUUAACUUACAUUUACAGAUUCAUUUAAGAAAUUUUGACGGAACACCUUUUAGUGCAAGUGAUAAUUUAUCUAUUGAUGAUAGUAUAAAGAACUAGAUUAUUUAAUUAUAUACAUAUAUUAAUAAUUUUAUUACAAAUUUAAAAAAUGAAAGAAAACUGCUCAAUUAGUUCAAUACCAUAUUGCAGACAAACUAUUGUUCAAUCAGACUGUGAUAAAAUAUUUGAAAAAAAUUACAGGGUACAUUUAACAGUAUUUUUAAUGACAAUAAUUAUUUCUAUUCUUUUAAUGUGAAAAGGUUUUGUUUACCAUUUGAAAUUUAAAUAUUGUGUACAUACUUAUUACUUAUACUUUAUUAGUUAGUCUUACGUUUUAUAAAAAAAAAUAGAAUUUUUUAAGACUGCUAUCUUAGUAAUAAAUUAUAAUAAUUAAAAAAAAAUUCUACUCGUUUAUUAUUAUAAAUAAAACUAAUUAUUACCAUUGAUUUCUAUGUAAU